UCAGGGCGAGCGCUACAAACCCAAACUGGAACGCAGACAUGAAUAUUGGUAGGAGGCUGUUUUAUCAAGGGAAAAACAUAAACGUUCAGAAGAGGGAAGGAAUUGACCGAAUCGAACAGUUGAAUUCAUUUUUUUAUUGAUCAAGUGGACCAAAGGUUCACGUUGGAAAGCGGGGCUUCUCCUUUAUGCGCGGAUGGAGCGGCGCAGUUAGCAGACAAUACAUAGGAUUUAGUUUAAAUAAGUUUUUCAGAGGAGUGUCAUCCCACGUCCCAGAGAUCAUGGCGGCCGGAACGCACUCCCCCGGGGGACCCAAUGGGAUCAUCCGGAGCCAGUCCUUCGCCGGCUUCAGCACGCUGCAGGAGAGACGCUCGCGGUGUAACUCGUUCAUGGGGAACUCUGCAGUGCAGAAGAAGCCCACGUCCAAGCCCAAGAAGCCCCAUCUGUCAGGGCACAAGGCCAGCAGCGGCUCCCGGGAGCCCAAGCCCGAGAGGGUGGAGGAGGUGUAUGGGGCCCUAAAACAAGGCUUGGAUGAGUAUCUGGAGGUGCACCAGACAGGGCUGGACAAACUCACCUCUCUGAUGAAGGAUAUGAAGAGGAACUCCAGACUGGGAGUCCUGUAUGACCUUGACAAGCAAAUCAAAACCAUCGAGAGGUACAUGAGGCGGUUGGAGUUUCAUAUGAGCAAGGUGGAUGAGCUGUAUGAGGCAUUCUGUAUCCAGCGCAGGCUGAGGGAGGGAGCCAGUAAGAUGAAGCAGGCCUUCUCUGCAUCUCCCUCCACCAAGGCCACCAGAGAGAGCAUGUCAGAGGUCAACCGCAGAUACAAGGAGUACACAGAGAAUAUGAGCACGUUAGAGGGGGAGCUGGAGAACAUGCUGGGGGAGUUCCAUAUCAAAAUGAAAGGUCUAGCUGGCUUUGCUCGUCUUUGUCCAGGAGACCAGUAUGAGAUCUUUAUGCGGUAUGGGCGUCAGCGCUGGAAGCUGAAGGGGAAGAUAGAGGUGAACUCCAGACAGAGUUGGGACGGAGAGGAGAUUGUCUUCAUGCCCCUCAUCACAGACCUCAUCAACAUCAAGGUGACGGAGCUGAAGGGCCUGGCCACUCACAUCCUGGUGGGCAGUGUGAUCUGUGAGACCAAGGAUCUGUUCACGGCCAUGCCUCAGGUGGUGGCUGUAGACGUUAAUGACCUGGGAACCAUCAAACUCAACCUGGAGGUCACAUGGUUUCCGUUCGAUGUGGAAGACCUGACCCUGUCUUCAGGGAACGUGAGCAAGGCCACCGCCCUACAGAGACGGGUGUCUGUCUACAGCCAGGGCACGCCAGAGACACCCACCUUCCAGGACCAGUCCUUAUUUAAGUGGCACCCCUCCCCGACCCAGCAUCGCCUGUCCCCGACCCAGCAUCGUCCCUGCCCGACCCAGCAUCGCCUGUCCCCGACCCAGCAUCGCCUGUCCCCGACCCAGCAUCGCCUGUCCUUCCUCCACGGUCUGAGGAACUCCCUGUUAGAGAAGCUGAGACGCAGUCGCUCGUUUGGCGACCUGGUCUCCCUCCGCCCCAGGCCCAAGUCCAGCCUGGAGGGUUAUGUGACUGAGUCCACCCUCCCUGAUGACGUCUUUGAGAACGGUGGGUGUGGUAACGCCGAGUGCAAGCGCCUCUCCUUCACCUUCUCCGAUACUUCAGUCUCCUCCCCCAGCCUCGCCCCCGGCCAGUCCAACCCCGAAAUCACCAUAACGCCCCCUGAGACCUGCCCCCAGCCCCAAAUCCCCAACGUUGAAGUCACCGUUCGAAUACAUGCAGACGUAGUGGAAGAGGCAGAGGAAGGUGAGGAGGAAGAGGAGAGUCGCGGUAGCAGCGGCAGCGUGAGUACCAGCCUGGUCAGUGAGGAGGCGGAGUCAGAGUGGGAGAGGGCGGAGUCCCAGUCUAACGGAGGAUCCGUCUCUCUCUGCUCAGAGAGGCAGUUAUCUGCGGUCUCUCCCGGGGGUGUGUUUCCAGACCACGCUGGGCCAGACAGCGAUGGAGAUGAAGAUGACAGCUCGGAGCUGCUGAAGCCCGUAGAACUUGACACUGAAGAACCAGGCAGUUUGACCAGGCAACUGGUGAGGAGGCUGACAUCGUCUGACAUUCUGCCCGAGGCGGGGGUUCUGAGCUGGGCUGGGGAGGGGAGCAGGGCCUUCCUGGAGAGCAGCCUGGAAGAAACCCUGCAGAGUCUGCUACUGAGGCUAGAGUCACUGGGACAACGCUGUAGAGAGCUACAGGACCUGGAACAGGAAGUGAUGCGCCUGGAGGACCUACUCAAGUGCCGUCUCCCGGGCCACCGGAGCAGGUCGUCCAGCCUCAGCCUGAUGGUUGAGAGCGCCCUGGAGAGCUUCGACUUCCUCAACACCUCUGACUUUGACGACGAUGACACGGGGGAUGACCACGCCCUCCAGCGCUCCGUGUUCUUUGACAUGGAGGCGGAGAGCAUCGGACCUGGAGGCCCGCACCCAGAGGCCAGGGGUCACCUGAGUGAAGCUCUGACGGAGGACACCGGGGUGGGCAACAGUGUGGCCGGCAGCCCCCUGCCUCUCACCACCGGCAACGAGAACCUGGACGUGGCCAUCGUCAUUCACCUGCAGUACUGCGACCAUCUCAUCCAGCUCCUGUCCAGUGGAGGGAGCCCUUGGCAGCGUCGAGCCCAGCUCCAGAAGCUCUCAGCUCAGACUCAGCUGUUAGAGGAACUGGGAGAGAUCAGCACAGAACGCCUGGGGAGCAUCACCUCUGCUGCUGACGUGCUCCCUGGGCUGGCGGAGCGGCCUGCUCGGAUGGCUCUGUGGUCGGAGUGGAGUGGUUCUGGUGCACUGUUCCACGCUACGCUGGACCGGGUGCUCAAACACAUGCACCACUGCUACACUGGCCCACUGCAGGAGAGACACCCACACACCGCAGCUGACACAGUGAUCCGGCUGGUGGUGAGUGAGAUGGUGGACAGGAGUGAUCUGGCCUCCUCCCCUACCUGCCACCCCCAUUCGGCCCUGUCCCAGGUCGUGUUCCCCCCUUCGGCCCUGUCCCAGGACGUGGUCUCCCCUUCGGCCCUGUCCCAGGACGUGGUCUCCCCUUCGGCCCUGUCCCAGGACGUGUUCCCCCCUUCGGCCCUGUCCCAGGACGUGGUCUCCCCUUCGGCCCUGUCCCAGGACGUGUUCCCCCCUUCGGCCCUGUCCCAGGACGUGUUCCCCCCUUCGGCCCUGUCCCAGGACGUGGUCUCCCCUUCGGCCCUGUCCCAGGACGUGGUCUCCCCUUCGGCCCUGUCCCAGGACGUGGUCUCCCCUUCGGCCCUGUCCCAGGACGUGGUCUCCCCUUCGGCCCUGUCCCAGGACGUGGUCUCCCCUUCGGCCCUGUCCCAGGACGUGGUGUCCCCUUCUGCCUUGUCCCAUGACGUGGUCACAGUGUUUCAGUUCCACAGCUACGUCUCAAAGCACAGCGUGGAGGACAUGGAGGAUCACCUAUUGCAGGUGGCCAGAGAAGCUGUGUUUGCGGAGGGCCUGAGUGGUGGCGACUCAGAGCGUUGUCUAAAGGAACUAGAAGAGGUUUCACACACCGGCCUGUGUCCCCGGCAGCAGACCCUCAGGGCCCUGGCUUCCCUCCUCUCCCACCAAGACCCCCAGCUCAGCGAGGCUGCAGCUGCCUACAUAACCUCCGCUUCCUCACACACACCCUUUAGGUCAAAGGCGGUGGAUUGCUACACACAGGCCUUGUGGGAGUCUGGAGUUCAAACCCAAAGGUCUGCCUGUGCUGCUCUUAGCUGUCUACAGGCAGUAGAGAGCCUCCGGGCGGUGGUAUCACUGUGUGACUCGGCAGACGAGGAGCUCCGCCAUGUUGCCAUAGAAACCCUGCUCACUUUCGGUGAGGAGGGUCGUCUGGCGUAUGAGCAGCUGGACACGAUGCCCAGAGAGAUGGUACGACUGGGGACGCGGCGAGGGAACGCCGUCACCACCGCCUUCUGAAAGCACAGGACUAACUAACUUAACCUAGGAGCAUCACAUCCACAGGAGGGGGACGACCCCCCUAGAACAACCCCCCUACCCGCUGUGCCUGUGCUUUGAGCCAUGCAGACUGGACAUGCGUUUAAAUGGACACAGCUAGGGGGAGUGGCCGCAUCGACGCAGAGGAGUCCAACUAAACAUCGAAGGGCCACGUCUCAUUCUUAUCAACAGACGGGUGUAAAUCCUAACUGUCCAUUCUCUGACCACCACUAUUAAACCAUCUCUCACUGCACAGACAGAGCAUCUUCACCAUCAUAACGUAUGAUUAUCAUGAUUAUUAUCACGGCUGUGUUUGAUUUAUGAUAUCCUUAUAUAACUGCUAUUCAUUUGUUUUAGUAGGUGAUGUUCAUUAGACAAAGGGUUAUUUGCGCUUUUGGAAUUGCACUGUGGCAGACAUGUAAAUGUAAUAGCAUUAUACUCUGAACUGGAUGGAUUUGGUCUUUUGUUCUUCUGGUAUUUACUGUUGAGAUUCAGGGAUUUUACAGACAGUUUGAACACUUUCUGCCAGAGGGUGCCAUGGAAGAUCAUUUAGGCUGACAAUGACAGUCAAAUCGCUCGGAAGGAGGUAGUUAAAAGCAGCAUUCGCAAGUCAUCAUCAGCAUGCAUACUAUCCCUAGAUAGUAGUUACCAGUAAGCAAUGUUCUCACUCCAACAUGCACAACAUGAAGAGAGAGUCAUACUUGGACUGCCUUUCAAACUAUUCUAAGUUCUCUACAUGCCUGGGAUCUACAUUCAGUUUGAACGUCUGCUUGCUGGGAACUGAUGUGAGAUCUGAUCACGAUUUAUUUAAUUGGAAGCAGGUACGAAUGGUCUCGAGGAGUGAGUGUGAGUCAGGGAUAGUUAGUAUGACAUGAGAAUGCACUUUCUCCAUAACUGUACAGUGCAGAACCAAGGGCCUGUCUAAGGGCGUGAUGCUUCAGAUCGGCAAGGACUGAGGCUAUAGCGCUCCGCCUAGCUUUCUAUGCCAGUUGUAUCUAUACUACUGAGUCCGGUGCUUCUUCAGCAUAACAAAGUGUUUUUCUCAACUUCAUUUAUUUACAUCACAUUUGUGAUUCUAAUAUUAUUUAAUUUUCAUUUACUUUUGAGUAAGAGGGCAGCAUGCAGAUACUAUUUCACAUGUAAAAGUUGUAUAUUUGGUGUUUUUUUGCUCAUGUUUGAUUUUUUUUAAAGUUUAAUUAAAAAAAGAACUCAUUAACAUGGGCAUGAUCUUGCUUACAUAAAAACGUUACUGGAAAUAUACAUGGUUUUUUCACUCUUUUAAAUGUAUUUGUACAUUAAGAUGGAUGGCUGAUAUUAUUUGGAGGAUUUACGAAUAUAAUCAGAUAGCGUGCCCACCCUCCCCCCCCAAAUUAAUGGGACAGUAGAGAAGAAAUGUUACUUCAUUACGCAAGGAAAGCCUGAAAAUGAAAAGUCAAUGUAUUCUGAAGAUAUCUUUAACUGGGUUUCUGUACAGCACUUUGAGAUAUCAGCUGAUGUAAGGUCUAUAUAAAUAAAUUUGAUUUAACCACUACACCCAGGCUCACCUACAAACAACCAUCAGAAUUAGAUUGGCUUCCAACCGCUCUGAACCAAAAUCCAUAACGAUACGAAAAGGUGUGUUUUAGGUGGUAAUAUGUGAAAUAAUAUGUUCUUUUGUAUAUUAAAGCUGUAAAACGUGUGAAAGUUGUUACUAAUGCUGAAGAUGGCUUUGAGUUUGGCCUGGUGUAUGUUGAUCACGGUCUUUAUUUUGAGUAACAAUGCCUGUUUCUCCCAUGACGUGAAUAGCAUUACAGUAUUUGGGUAUGAUACUCAUUACUUCAAUAACUCCCCUAAUAAUAUCGUUUUUUUCUGCACGAUGCAGCGGUCUCCAUCUUUCUUUGUGCUAAAAGUAACCAGUGAUGAAUUAAUGUUGCUUCUAUUCAACUCCCAAGUCAUCAGACAGAAUAAUGAAACGUUAUGACAUUGAUCAUAUUUCAUGUAAGUACACUGCAUUAUGUCUUCACAUAUGGUGAAUCAGAAAGCACACAGUAAGGACAUGUUACAUAGCUUCAGUACUGACUGCACUCAAUUCUACAUUCAUUUCCCCUGCUCAAUGAAAGUGGCAAUAAAGUUUAUUUUUGCAUUAUGAAAA